UUCCACUUGAAAUAUAUCCUACAGGACAUGGGUGUUGUAUAGUCAAUGAAAAACAGCUCAAUCUUAAGUUAGAAUUUGCGGAUCAAGACAAAAAAAAUCAAUUGGAACCGCAGGCGAAACAUUUGGUCUCUGUCGAGUGUAUUGUAAUUUAAUAGCUCAUUGUUAAAUGAAAAUGGGUUUGCGAGGCAUUGGCUUUCUCCUCCAGUGUUACCUUGUGUUGGCAGCAGCCAUGUAUUUUGAUCUCGGAGAGCAGGAGGAAAAAUGCAUCAUUGAGGAGAUUCCUGAAGACAUGCUGGUCACUGGUUAUUUCUUGUUGGAGCCUUGGGAUUUAAAGACGUUCACCCACUCCCCUCACUUUGGCGUCACUGUGACAGUCAGAGACCCAAACCAUGAGGUUCUGAUGACCAAACGCUAUGGUAAAUUUGGUAAAUUUACCUUCACAGCUCACGCCUCUGGUCAACACUACCUUUGCUUCCAGACCAACUCCACAAGGUUUGCUGUCUUUGCUGGAGAGAGGCUGAAGCUGCACUUGGACGUUCAGAUGGGAGAGCACUCGAUCAACCCCAACACUGAAAAGACCAAAGACAACAUGGAGACUCUGGAGAACAGCCUCAGCCACCUCAUAGAUCAGAUGAUGUACAUCGCCAGGCAGCAGGAGUACCAGAGGGAAAAAGAGGAGGUAUUUCGUCAGAUCAGUGAAGAAACCAAUAGUAAAGUGUUAUGGUGGGCCGUGGUGCAGACCUCUAUCCUGCUGUCCGUUGGUUUCUGGCAGAUGAAACGACUCAAAGACUUCUUCAUCGCCAAGAAGCUGGUCUGAUGAUGACCUCUGACCUGUCAGCUCUAUACCUGAUGACCUUACAGCAUGUCCUGCCCAUACCAGUCCUCCUGUCUGUACUGCCAACAUGUAUACCCUAUCCCUAUAAACACUGGCAAUGAGAGAAGAGCCCUUUUAAUUUAAAACAGCUGGUGACAUGGACAUGGGCCUAUGGAGAAACAGACUGAGGAGGAAAGACAGUUUUUAAUGCUGUUUGUGUAAGAUGUGGACAAUUAUUCUUCUGUACUGUUACUUCUGUUAAAAUAAAUGGAUAAUUAUAGCUGGUUGGCCCCAUUAUAAGCAAAUAUGAUUCAGUUCAGAUCAUGUUCUUUAGAAGGGAACACAACAUAGGAUACUAUGGAAAAAUAAUAAAAGCCAUUUGAAGGACA